UCCAACCCUGCACCACUCUACCACUCUACCACUCUACCACUCUACCACUCUACCACUCUUCCUCUCCUUCCCCCUUCCGCCUGUCCGCCAUUUCGACCUCUUGCUUUUAAUAUCUUACGGUAGUCGCUCGUUUCGCUGGUCGAUUGGAGGAGUCUGUGGCUGGGGAUUCUUCACAUACUCAAUUAGGAAUCAACUGCGGCUGAAGAGGAGUGCCUAGUACGAUUCUUUUGGGAGUGAAUCUCACUUGUGCUGUGCUGGACCUCGAGGGCCAGCCUGCCGCAUCUUCUUUCAAUACAUCUCUCAAACUCGCCAGAAUAUGUACAUACUGAGGAGCAUAGCGGCGGCCCUCGUCAGCGCAUGUCUGUUCUCGCGAUCUCAUGCUCACUCCAACGAGAGAAACCCUUUGACCUACUUUACCUUGCUCGAAAAUGCACAUGUUAAUACACCAUCACAUCGAAUACACGCGCUGUCGAAGUUCGACCUCACAUUUGACCUGCACAAUGAGCAGCAAAGGAUAAAGUUGACGCUAGCCCCGAAUCACGAUGUUAUCGCGAACGGGGCAACAGUACAGCACCUCGCGCCGGAUGGAUCAGUACGAAGUUCGGAAUUAAUAGACCGUUCAGAAUAUAGAGUUUUCAAAGGAGAUGCGUGGCUGCAGCAUUAUCCGGGGGCUGAAUGGACCAACGUUGGCUGGGCUCGGAUUUUGAUUCAGCAGGACGGAGAGAGCCCGAUCUUCGAAGGAGCAUUCAGAGUCGAUGGUGACCACCAUCAUGUGCAGACGAGGACCCACUUCAUGCAGACACGACACAAACUGGACCCGAAGUUGGAGGAGAAGGGUGCAGAAUAUAUGGUUGUAUGGAGGGAUUCCGACAUCAGCGAAGGCCUCACUGCGGACAACGAGGGUUUAAUACACGCGGACUUAAAAAGAAGCAUUGGAGAGGAGUCUUCGUGCUCCGCCGAUGGGCUAAACUUCAAUGUUGACAGUCAACAUCCCGUGUACGCUGGGAUGUUGAAGCGGGACGAUUAUUUCUGGGGUUCAGCAUCGACUCGAAGCCUCUUCGGACGCCAGAUUGAUGGACAAACCGGCGGAAAUUCUGCGGGUGUUAAUUUGACAACCUCCAUUGGAUCAACAAAUGGCUGCCCCUCUACCCGGAAGGUUGCCCUCGUCGGAGUCGCCACGGACUGCACUUACACUGCCGUUUUCAAUUCUACUGCUUCGGCAAAAGCCAACAUCAUCAGCGUCAUUAAUCUUGCGUCAGUCCAGUACGAAAGUAGCUUCAACAUUACGUUGGGGUUGCAAAACCUUACAAUCAGCGACGCCAGCUGCCCUGCCACAGCAUCUUCUGCUGCUCCUUGGAAUAUUGGAUGUAGUGAUUCGGUCACCAUUCAGAAUCGACUCAACCUCUUCUCUGCGUGGAGGGGUGAGCGUCAAGACACCAAUGCAUAUUGGACACUGCUCAGCACCUGCGCUACCGGGUCUGCUGUAGGAUUGGCGUGGCUGGGUCAGGCUUGUGUGACGACCUCUCAGGUGGAGGCUUCGUCGUCUGGCAAUGAAACUAUCAGCGGAGCCAACGUCGUCGUCAGGACCAGUACAGAGUGGCAGGUUGUUGCUCAUGAGACGGGCCACACCUUUGGGGCGGUUCACGAUUGCACUUCGACAACUUGCGCUGACGGCACGACCGUUGCGUCUCAGCAAUGUUGCCCCUUAAGUUCCACGACCUGCGAUGCUGGAGGAGCGUAUAUCAUGAACCCAAGUACGGGGAGCAACAUUCAAAAGUUCUCGCCCUGCACGAUUGGCAACAUUUGCUCUGCUAUAGGCAGAAACAGUGUGAAGACCAGUUGCCUAACAGCAAAUAAGGACGUCUCAACGAUCACAGGAAGCCAAUGUGGGAAUGGCAUUGUCGAGGCCGGCGAGGACUGCGAUUGCGGGGGAACAUCCGGGUGCGCAGACAACCCUUGUUGUGACCCAACAACUUGCAAGUUCACGUCGCAGUCUGUCUGUGAUCCCAGCAACGAGGAUUGCUGUACAUCCACUUGCAAGUUUGCCUCAAAUGGCACAGUAUGUCGUGCUAGUACUGGCGUUUGCGAUCCUCAAGAGGUCUGCAGCGGCCAGGCAGCAACUUGCCCUGCUGACAAAACAACUCCAGAUGGGACCUCGUGUGGGAACUCGCUCUCCUGCGCCUCUGGACAGUGCACAUCCCGUGACCUGCAGUGUAAAACUUUGAUGGGUUCUUACACCCAAGGAAAUGAUACCUAUGCUUGCUCCUCCGACGGCUGCCAAAUAUCUUGCGCCUCUCCCGAAUUCGGGGCCAAUGUCUGCUACUCAAUGCAGCAAAACUUCCUCGACGGGACAUCUUGCCAAGGUGGAGGAAAAUGUUCAAACGGACAAUGCCAAGGCUCGAGCGUUGGAAAGGAAAUCACCAGUUGGAUACAAAGCAAUAAGACGUUGGUGAUAGCACUGGCCUCCGUCAUCGGGGGGCUCAUCAUACUUACCAUCCUAUCGUGUUGUUGGUCCAGACAUAAGAGAAGAAACCGGAUCCGAAUGCGCCAAAGGCUUCCUCCGCCACCAGGAUGGGCCAGCGCGCCAACAUAUUCUCCGCCGACCUAUGCUAGCGCACCACUCCCGGCUAUGCGAGGUAUGAAUGGAUCAGGGGGGAUGAGCGAUGGGUGGGAGAACGGACGGUGGAAACCAGGGGCUCCGCCACCUGUUUGGCAGCCGAGUGUUCGGUAUGCUUGAUACGAGUUUAAAUUUGGGAUAUUCGGCGUAUUGAUACAUUUCAUUUUGGAUUAGCCGGUGUUUGGACUUACAUUUAUGCAUAAAAUAGGAGCCACUAGGGAUUAGGA